AUGAUUCCAUUCGAACAAUCCGGGCUAAGGACUAUUGCUAAAUUAGGUGGCGGUUGUCGGCGAGCCUGCGAGUUUCAGACUCUCUUGCUUGUCCAACCAGACAUCAGUCCCAUAGAAGAGACUCUGGGCGAGUGGAAUUUGAACGAAUAUCAGGAACUCAAUACAUAUGCUCUCACAGUAGAAGUGAAGCUCAGUCCAGGCGGCAUUACAGUGCAUGCAGGAUUUGACUGCAGAAUAAUAGAAGCUCAGCGAGUCCAAAAUCUUGUUCAAUCAUUUCAAUCUGUCUUGCACCAGCUGAGCAUAGCGACUCCGUCUGAGAGUAUAUCGAACGUCGACAUCAUGACAACUCAAGAUAUAGAGAGAAUAUGGAAUUGGAACAAUAGUCUGCCGAAAGCAAUAGACGGCUGUAUUCACACUUUGAUUGCAGAUCAAGCCCUUACUUGUCCGACUUCGCUUGCUGUCCACGCUUGGGAUGCUACUUUGUCAUAUGAGAAACUAGAUCGCCUCUCCUCUAUAUUGGCAUGGCGGCUACAAGAAUGUGGCUUAUCAUCUGGCGAUAUCGUUCCACUCUGCUUUGAGAAGUCGGCGUGGAUUAUUGUAUUGCUACUAGCCGUAAUUAAGGCAGGCGAUUGCCAUAACCUGAGCCAACAACUCGCUAAAAUGGUCAUCUCUGUGUCGGCAAAUCUCUUCUCCGAUCUGGAAAAUCAGCCAAAACGACAGCUGAGUAGCCCAACGCCAGACUCAAUUUUGUAUGUCGCAUUUACAUCUGGCAGCACUGGAGUGCCCAGGGGAGCACAGGUCAGCCAUAGAAACUUUGCUUCUGCCAUACAUCAUCAGACAAAACAGUUCGCCUACGAUAAGAGUUGGCGGGUUUUCGAUUUUGCUUCAUAUAGCUUCGACAUGUCUAUCUUUGCUAUUCUCUACACACUCGCCGCUGGCGCUUGCCUUUGCAUCCCCAACGAUGAAGAUCGAAAGAGUGACUUGCCAAACUCCAUCAACAACAUGCAGGCCGAUUCUAUCAUUCUUACUCCUUCGGUACUAAGGACUCUACACCCAACACAAGUAUCUUGCCUCAAGUCAAUCAUGUCCAUUGGAGAACCCAUGUGUAGAGAUGAUGUGACUCCAUGGGUAGAUGCUGGUAUAAAGCUUGUCAAUGCUUAUGGCCCAGCAGAAUGCACUCCGGUCAGUACAAUCAACAGCAAUGUAGGCGAUGGCGAAGGGAAUCCACAUAUUGGCCGUGGGCUGGGGCAUAUCACUUGGGUUGUAGAUACCGAGGAUCACAAUCGCCUGGUACCAAUUGGCAAAGUCGGUGAGCUGCUUCUAGAAGGGCCGCUUGUUGGCUGCGGGUAUCUAGGAAACCCAGAGAAGUCACAGGCUGUCUUCAUAGAAGACCCAUCCUGGCUGUUGGUGGGGUCCAAGAAACGCCCAGGAAGACACGGACGUUUAUACAAGACGGGAGAUCUUGUCAGCUAUAAUAAUGAUGGUACCCUAAACUACAUCAGUCGAAAAGAUAACCAGGUCAAAAUCCGCGGCCAGCGAGUUGAGCUUGGAGAAGUCGAGCAUCACGUCAAAGAGUGCGUAGCUGAUGCUGUCCAGGUCGCAGCAGAGAUUAUACCGAGCGGCGAGCCCAAUACAAAGCCAGUACUAGUCGCAUUUACAACAAAUGGUCUCGAGCCUGACGUCGAGAAAGCUCUCAUAGAACGCUUACCGUCAUAUAUGAUCCCAGUGGCAAUUUUCCAGCUUGAAGAAAUGCCUAUGACAGCCACUGAAAAGACUGAUCGCAAGAAACUCCGUAUUAUCGGAUCGGAGCUUUUGGCAAGACAGGUGGUAGAACGGCGGACAAAUUUACCAAAAUCCAAACAGCAGCCGUCCACUCCAAUAGAAGUUCAGCUACGACGUAUAUGGUCACGGGUUCUCAACAUCAAUGAGAUAGAUAUUGGUAUUGAUGAUAGUUUUUUACAGCUUGGUGGCGAUUCCAUCACCGCGAUGCAAGUUUCUUCUCUAGCUCGGGCUGUUGACAUCAACAUUAGUAGCGCAGACGUCCUGCGUGUCAAGACCAUAUCGACGCUGUCGGCAGUUUUGACUGUUGCCAGUCCUCUUGCAAGUCAUGUUGUCCAUUCAUCUAAAUAUGGAGGCAAGAAUUUUCCGUUAAGCCCCAUGCAGAACCUCUACAUGCAUCUCCAACCGUCUCCAAAUGCACCUUAUGAUCAAAACUUCUUCCUUCGUUUGAAGACAAAAAUACCACACGCUAUCAUUGCAACAGCAAUUGAAGUUUUGGCUAAAAAACAUAGCAUACUGCGUGCGCGGUUCUUUCAGGACAAUGAAGAAACAUGGCAACAGACAAUCAGCCAAGACAUCUCUGGGUCAAUUUACAUAUGUACCAAGCAGGCAAAUGAAGCUGUCGCUGAUGCCAUAGCUCAGUGUCGCGACCGCCUUGACAUUAUAAAAGGGCCAAUGGUUGCUGCCUGUAUUAUCGAUGAAGAUGAAAAUCAAGAUUUAUUUCUCUCGAUACACCAUCUUGUGGUUGACUUGGUGUCUUGGAUAGUGCUGUUGCGCGAUCUAGAGUCCAUUCUGACAUCCAAGGUAAAUGUAGCCUCCGCAUCGCUGGACUUUCAGACAUGGGUAUCGCUACAAGAGGAGUAUACUGCGGCGAGCUUGAAAAUACAAGCAUCUGGCCUAGGCAAAUUAAAGACAGAGUAUCUCGAAUACUGGGGAAUGGACUCCCUCUCAAACAAGUCCGACAGCAUCCUCACCAGGACUUUUGCACUCAAUACGCUAGCAACCUCUGCCAUUCUGGGUUACUGUAAUAAUGCAUUCGGAACACGACCAGUAGAGCUCAUGAUGGCAGCAAUCAUUCACUCGUUUGGAUCAACAUUUACAGCUCGCCAGAGUCCGACAGUGAUAAAUGAGGGCCAUGGCCGUGAGCCAUGGAACAGUGCCAUGGAUAUCUCAGACACGGUUGGUUGGUUUACAACGAUGUCUCCCGUGAAGGUGGCUAGUGACGUCAAUUACAGUCUGGAAGAUGUAAUACGAUUAACAAAAGAUUCGAUGCGCAGGCAACCACAGAACGGAUGGGAAAAUUUCACAUCUCUCUGCAAAGAUGGCCCUGGAGCCGCUGAAUUUGCUAAUCAGUUUCCAGUGGAGAUUUUAUUUAACUAUGUUGGAAUUUAUCAACAACUUGAGCAUGGCGACACAUUCUUUGAAAAGCUUCAGUUGCCCCGUGGCUGUGAUCCCCUUGCUCGUCUGGAGGUUCAAAGAUUUGCCCUGUUCGAUAUUGGUGCACGAGUAGAGAAAGGGUCGCUUAUAGUGUCGGUUGCUUACGAUAAAUAUAUGAACCAUCAAGGCAAGAUUUGCGACUGGGUCAACAUCUUACAUGACACGAUGACAAAUAUGUCGAGCGAGCUGCUUACAAUAAACCCUUGUUGGACACUUACAGAUUUCCCACUGACUUUCAAAACGUACGACGAGAUUCAUGAAUUCUCCCAGUAUCAACUGAACCGACUUGGUGUCAAACACAGCGACGUUGAGGAUAUCUUUCCAUGUUCCCCUCUUCAGCAGGCCAAAUUUGCUGUUGAAGUAAGAAUAGGGCCUGGGGAAAGAACACUAGACAUUUCAAAACUUGAAAUGGCGUGGAAAGAAGUGGUCCGUAGAUAUGCACUGUUGCGAUCACUUCUAAUCAACAAAGCUGGUAAACGGAGGUACGCAUUCCAUGUUGUGCUCAAGGAUCCAUUGCCCUCCAUUUCUCGUAUAUCAAAGCUGGACUCAACUGCUCAGUGGAUGCUUCAGCAUGAGAUAAGUGAGACUUAUGGGCAUGAAGAAUUGCAGCACCAUCUUGUCAUACACGAGAUCGACGCCAAGACCGCCUAUUUAGAGCUUCACAUUAGUCACGCCAUCAUGGAUGGUUUCUCACUGCAAGUUCUGUGGAAAAAUCUGCAGGAAGCCUACAAUAUCUCUCAGAGUCCAACAGGUUCUUACAAAUAUUUUGUGGAGUAUCUGGAUUCGCAGCCCAGAGAUGCCGCUACUGAGUUCUGGUCUCGGCGUCUCCAAAACAUUGAGCCCUGCAUCUUGCCAGCUUCAGUAGUUGGCCAAAAUUCAACCACUUUUGAAAAUAUCCAGGUUCCCAUUGAAUCAAAUGCGGUUAUAAAAAGCUUUUGCAGCACGUCAGAGAUUACAACUGCCACAUUGAUCCGGGUUGCGUGGGCCCUGGUUCUGAGACUGUACACUGGCAGUCUAUCGCCCUGCUUCGGCAAUAUCAAUUCUGGAAGAGAUGUUGCCAUUCCACACGUUGAUAAGAUUUUCGGCCCUCUUAUCAGUAUGGCACCAUGCCUGAUUUCUCUUGAAAACUCAGCAUCGGUGCUCAAGGUCUUGAAGGCCGCUCAGCAAGAUUAUCUUGACAGUCUGCCAUACCAACAUCUUCCUCUGAGGGAGAUUCACCACAUGCUGGGUCUUAGAAAGAAGGCGCUUUUCAACAGUAUCGUAAGUUUUCAGAGAUCAUGGAUCGAAGAAGAUCUAAACGGCUUGUCGGUGCAUCAUCUCGAUGCCUUCGAUCCAAAUGAGUAUGAUAUUACCGUGCGCGUAAGCGAUGGACCCGCCAGGACUGUGGUGAAGUUGACUUUCCGGCCGACUUUCCUUGGUCUCGAUGAGAAGCGAGAGAUAGCUCGUAUUUUUGGAAAGGCGAUCAGCGCAAUUGUUGCUAAUCCUUUACGCAGGAUUGAGGAUAUUGAGUUUUGA